AUGAGUUUCAGAGUUAGAGACCAAGAAAGGGACUUUGAUUCUCCAAGAGAGGUUGGAGAGAUUGACACAAGGGCUCCAUUUCAAUCUGUUAAAGCAGCUGUUAGUUUAUUUGGUGAAGUAGCCGUCUCAAGGGAAAAACGUUCUUUUAAGAGAAGAUCCUCAUCAUCAUCAUCAUCAGAGAAUGUUCUGGAAAAGGAGACUCAGCUUCUCUUGGCCCAAAGAGAAUUACACAAGAUAAAGAAAAAGCUGGAUAGUUCUGAGAGCACAAAAACAAAAGCACUUUCCGAGCUUGAAAAGGCCAAUGUGACACUACAGGAAUUGACAAAGAAGCUCACGAGUGUGAGAGAAUCUAAACAAUCUGCAAUAGAAGCUGCUGAAGUUGUGAAGAAUCAAGCCAAAGAACUUGAACAGGCACUAUCCCAAAAAGCUAUAGGAUAUGAAGCUUGGAAACAAGAACUAGAGCAUGCAAGAAAAGAGUACACAACAACAGUAAAGGAACUAGAUGCUUCCAAGCAAGAACUCAACAAAAUCAGGCAGGAUUUUGACACAGCUUUGGAGGCAAAACUGGCUGCAUUCCAAACAGCAGGAGAGGCUCAACGUUCUGCAAAACUGAACUCAGAAAAGCUCCAGGAACUCUCAAACCAAAUUGCAACCAUGAAAGAACAAAUUGAUCAUUUGAAGCUUGCCUCAUCACAAGCCCAAGACGAUCAGGCAAAUGUCAUGAGAGAAAGAGAAGCACGACUAACUUUCUACCAAAAUGCCAAGGAUGAAGCAGAGAAAAAAUUGAUUGUUUUGAAGAAUGAGUAUGACCAGGAACUAACACAAAAUCUAGAGGCCAAACUUUCUGAAACAAGUGAAGAGAUUCAGGUUCUCCAAGAGCAAAUGAAACAGGCACAUGAUUCAGAGAUAGAUUCUAUGAGACUAAUAACUUUGGAGAUCAAAGAAGCCACAAAAACACUUCAGGAAGUUGCUGCAGAAGAAACCUCUCUGAGAAACCUAGUGGAUUCCCUCAGGACAGAGUUAGAACAAGUGAAGAAAGAGCAACAGGAACUCAAGGAGAAGGAAAAGGCAGCAGAAGCCCUUGCUCUCACCCUAACUGAUGAACUACAGAGUGGACCAGAAGUGACAAGGUCUGCGGUGGACAAAGAAUCUGAAGAGAUAGAAUUGAAGAUCAAACAGCUGUCAUUUGAGACAGGAGCUGCAAGAAGGGAAGAAGAAGAAAUGAGAGGCAAAACUCAAGAGCUGAAGCAAGAGGCUGAAAAAUCCAAAGCUAUGGCAGAAGAAUUGGAGAAGAAACUAGAGAUUUACCUGAAACAGGCUGAGGAAGCAAAAGCAGCAGAACAAAAAGCCAUUGAGGAGAUGAAGCUGAUGUCUGACAGUAACAACACUCAAGACAUAGUCUCAGUUUUAGAUUCCAAUGGGAAGAUUGUGUUGACAGUUGAUGAGUUUGCAGCACUGAGUGGGAAAAUCAAGGAAUCUGAAGAUUUGAUUGACAGAACAGAAGCAGCAUCCAUGGCUCAGGUGGAAGCGAUCAACUUAAGGAAGAAUGAAGUGGACAGAAAAGUGGAGGCAAACCUGAAAGCCAUUGAGGAAAUAAAGGCUGCAACAGAUAUGGCUCUUAGAAAUGCAGAGAUGGCAGAUUCUGCAAAGGAAGUAGUUGAGGGCGAACUAAAGAAAUGGCGUCUAGAAGAACAAAACUUGGAAUACUCAGACAAUUCUCCAAGACCAAUCCCUCUGCGUAUUUAA